ACCAUUAUAUUAAGAUAGCUAAAGGGGGUGGAUUGCAGUUAAAAGUCGAGGUUGGCAGAAAUAUUACAUCUUUAUUGAAGUCAUUAUUUUUCUCUGACGCUAGAGUGAAGGGGCGGAUUUUUUACUUUUAGGUUAAACAUCUAGAAUGUAAGUUUUGUGACCUACAGGCAUGAUGUUUUUUCAACGAUUUCUGCUGAUCACAACAGUCGCUGUUACUACUUCAUCUCUUGAACCCACAAGGUAUGACUUAGCGCAUUACCUUUUACGGGAAUCAAAUUAUGACCAUAGCUUUCCACCAGACACAAACAAUAUUACAAACGUUUCUGUACAACUUGACAUCACAGAUUUAAACUCUGAAAGUGACAAGGACAGGGAAAUUGAGUUUUCACUUUAUCUCCGGAUGAAUUGGACUGACAGACGGUUAGAUUUUACUGAAAACAAAACCACAUAUGAUAUUAUUCCAUUGGGAGAUGAUAUAGUUAAUAGCCUUUGGAUACCAGACCUAUACUUUAUAGAAGAACGAAAUUCACUUUUACACGGGCUAUUAACAAGCAAUCAGUUGGCAUUUAUCCAUAAAAAUGGAGACGUAUUCUACAGUGGCAGGUUUGACAUUAAAGCACACUGUGUAAUGAGUUUCAAAAAAUACCCAUUUGACGAGCAAUCCUGCGAAAUUUCCAUUCAAAGUUAUGCCCUAUCGACAGACUAUCUUCUUUUACAUUGGGUUGGAAAGAACGCAGUUGACAUUGCUUGUAAUGAGGACACUUUUAUUUUUGAAGACACACCACAGAGCAAAGCCACUGAGUAUCGAAAUAACUACCCAUACGUUGGAUCAUUUUCAACACUGACUACAUCUAUACGUUUUAAACGUCCGCGAGGAUCUUAUUUUACAAUGGUUGUUGUCCCUCCAGUUUUUGUGGUUAUCAUUGCACUCACGUCAUUCCUCCUCGGUGAAAAUGUAUCUCCACGCAUUACAAUUCCUACAGGUGCCUUAACACAACUAUUCGUAAACUGGGCAGGAGUUCACAAUAGACUAUCAUUUGAUUCCACAAUGGAUUUGUUUGAUGCCUGGAUGAUAGGAAACAUCUCAUUUGUGGGGUUUAUUCUAUUUGUAAAUGCAAUGAUUUGCCAUUGCAAAUACAAAAAGGUAGUAUUUAUAGAAAUAUUUCAAAUUAUUUUUUUUACGUGAAUAAUUAUAAUUUUUAAGAUAAUAUUAUUAGACUUAGCUGAGAAAUAAAGCAUAUA